AUGGCUCCCCAGUUCCGCGUCCUCACGGAGUGCGGGAGCGCAGGCAGCCGCACAGACGUCGUCCCCUUUGUGGGGGGCUUCAUUCGAUCGAUGCGGGGCGGAGGACCCCAGUUCGGUGACCGAACUUGGGGCAGGAUUUCCCGCGUGAGAGGGGGCGGAUGCGGGUGCACCCGCCGGAGGGCGGUCAUGAUGCCCAUUGGCGUUCCGAGGGUGCCUUACCGCACGCCCAAGGAGAACACGUGGCAGUGGGUGGACAUCUGGAACUGCCUGUACCGAGAGCGCAUAAUAUUCGUUGGCAAGCCUGUGGAUGACGAGAUGGGGAACCAAUUGGUUGCAACAAUGCUGUACCUGGACUCUGAAAACAAGCAAGACAUGACCCUGUACAUAAACUGUGCAGGGGGGGAGGUCGUUCCAUCCCUGGCCAUCCAUGACUGCAUGAAGCAUGUGGAGAGCACCUGUGCAACAGUUGGAUUUGGGGGCUGCCUGGGGAUGAGCGGCUUCCUGUUAGCCGUUGGUGCAAAGGGAAAGCGCUGGGCGAUGCCAAACACACGGAUAAUGAUUCACCAUCCAUCUGGAGCCGCUCGUGGUCAGGCAGAGGACAUUCACAACGAAGCUCGCGAACUGCUGCAUAUAAGGGACUACGUGAAUGCUGUCUUAUCUGAAGCAACAGGGCAACCAUAUGAAAAGGUUUUUAAGGAUUUUGGGCGGAACAAGUACUUCAAUACGCAGGAGGCCCUCGAUUAUGGCCUCAUUGACAAGGUCAUAAAACCGGUUGGGGCCAAAACGUGGGAGACGAGGUGA